CUAAAAUUUUAUUGGUUUCCUUCUGCCUCCUAUUUAUCACUUGCAAAAACUCUAAAAAUCCUCUUCGGUCGCCGGAUCCGACCCUCCACAGUCCGCUGAGAGAUGGGUGAGGAAGUUAAGGCUGUGAUUCCAGAGUCACUCUUGAAGAAGAGGAAGAGGAAUGAAGAAUGGGAGCUUGCCAAAAAACAGGAGCUUGAAGCUGCCAAGAAGAAGAAAGUGGAGAACCGCAAGCUGAUUUACACUAGGGCUAAGCACUAUGCAAAGGAGUACGAGGCUCAGGAAAGAGAGUUGAUUCGAUUGAAACGGGAGGCAAAGUUGAAAGGAGGAUUCUAUGUGGAUCCAGAAGCCAAGCUGGUGUUUAUUAUUCGAAUCCGUGGUAUCAAUGCCAUGCACCCAAAGACUAGAAAGAUCUUGCAACUCUUGCGUUUGAGACAGAUUUUCAAUGGUGUUUUCCUUAAAGUGAACAAGGCAACGAUGAACAUGCUUCACCGGGUUGAACCUUAUGUGACUUAUGGAUACCCAAAUCUCAAGAGUGUGCGGGAAUUGAUUUACAAAAGAGGUUACGGGAAGUUGAACAAGCAGAGAGUUGCUUUGACUGACAAUGCAGUUGUUGAGCAGGCUUUGGGCAAGUUUGGCAUCAUCUGUGUGGAAGAUCUUAUCCAUGAGAUAAUGACUGUGGGAUCUCGUUUUAAGGAGGCUAACAACUUCCUCUGGCCCUUUAAGCUAAAGGCACCAUUGGGAGGUCUGAAGAAGAAGAGAAACCAUUAUGUUGAAGGAGGAGAUGCAGGCAACCGUGAGAAUUACAUCAACGAGCUAAUUAGGAGGAUGAAUUAAACUUGGUCUUAUUAGUUAAUUUACUGGUUGAGGUAUUUUUAGUUUAUUCAGAAAGGUGUUGAUUUUCUUUUGGAAGUUGGAAACAAUUUUUGUUAAAGCUGGAAGAUUUGUAUGGUGUUACCAUUAUUUUACCUUGUGACUGAACUUUCUCGCAAGUUUUAUUGCAUUCAGAUGGUUAAAUGGUAUUUCGAAACUGCAUCUGCUACUUGCAGGUUGCAGCAUGUUGGUUAUUUCAUA